GAGUGGAAAUAUGUGUUGAAGAAGGAAGUGGCGGGUAAAACCCACUGAAGACGCCACACAGUUUCAUUGCAGAAUGGAACGUCUUCUCCUCAUUGUUGCUCUGUUUCUCUCCACCGCCCCAGUUUCCAGAGCUGAAGAGGAUUUGUUUGUGCUUAAGGGAGACUCUGUUCGUCUGGAUGUGGAGAGACAUGAAGAACUACAGUUUGGCAGCAUAUCAUGGAGUGUUAAUGUCAAUACAAGGAUAGUGAAUUACAAUCGGAAACGUCAAUUUAUAGACAAAUAUGAAAACGGUAUUAUGUCAGAAUUUGAUGAGACAAGCCUCUCUCUGCUACUGAAGAAUGUGCAGCAGAAUUACAGUGGGAUCUACAGAGCAACGAUAACAGAUGGUGGAGGACAGGAGAAAGCUGUUGCUACCUACAGGCUCACAGUUCAAGAGGCCCCGCCCAUACCCCAGGUGAGCGUGGCGUUACUCUCCUCUGAUGGAGGGGUCUGUAAGGUGUUGGUGAACUGCUCUGCUGAAGACACCAUGGUCAGCUACACCUGUGACCACGCCCACUGCACACAGGUAGAGAAUACAACCUUGCCGACAGGACUCAACCUCAUCGUCGCGGCAACCAACGGGAACAUCCACUGCAACAGCAGUAACCGGGUCGCCGCAAAGACGCAAUCAAAUUCCACAAAGGACAUCUGUCCACCGGAAGUACCAGGAUCAGCCAAACUCAUCAUCAUCAUCAGCACCACUGGCAUCACGAUCAUUGUCAUCAUCAUCGUCAUCGUCAGCGUCAUUUUUCCCACCACGCUGUACUGA